GGGUUUUUAUCACUUGUCUUCAAAGCUUCAACACAACACAAUCAUCAUGCUCUUUUCUUUACUUUUCUACUCUCACACUGUUUCCUGUUCCCACCCGUAACACCAUUCUCUGAAUCAUAGAAACAACAACAACAUUAAAUAUUUGUUUUUUUCCAUUUCACCUUUUGACACACACACACACAGAAAAAGAUGAUACCUUGUUCGUUUUCAUCCAUCACCAUUGCUUUAGUAGGAUCUACCAUUCUCACUUCCGGUGCUGUCCCUUCUUCUCGGUACAAUGCCUGUCGGUAACCAUUACCUCGUAUGGGUUGAAGAAUGUGGUGCUGGACUUCCAAGUUUCUUGAGAUCUUGGAAUCUUGUCCUUGAAUGUUUUCAUGCUUUUUAGUGUUUUUUUUUACAAAACCUAGUGUGUGGUCGCUAUGCAAUUAGGUUUUCUGCAAAAUGGAUUGGAUUCAUCACCAGGAAGAAGUCAAGAUGGAAGUUUCCGGAAGUCUAGCUCUGUUAUUUCUGCUAGUAGUGUCUCUGGGGCAUCAGGGUUGAGCAAAUUUUUUCCUAUUUCGAAAAGAGUGUUAAAGGGACUCAAGGAAUAUGGAAGAAAACUUGUUGACCUUGAGUUAUUCACACAUUAUCUUGAGGAGUGGGUCUUGGAGAAUCUAAGUAAUGAUUCAGCAGGUGGAAUGGGUGGUUUUAGUUCUCUUUUUACGAUGGAUGAGUUGCGCAAGCUUGAUAUGGCGUUAGAGGGAGUUCCAUUUCAGCAACUAGUCCGUAUGCCGAUAUUCUCUGAGGAUUCUGAAGAGUUUAUAGAAGAUCAGUAUCUAGCUGCAGAGGAUUUCCUUCACGCCGUUAUCACUGGUCUAUGGCGUACGUUUUGGCAUAAAAGUGGUCCGCUUCCGUUAUGUGUCUCGUGUCCCUCUUAUCCUGGUUCGAAGUUUAGUAGUGUUGAAAAAGCAAUAUCAAGAGGCAGGUUGAGGGAAAUGCACGGUUUAGGUUUGAUAUCGAAAAAAUCGACCAGUUCAAAAGUUAAAUGGGAUCAAGUGGUUGAGUUUGCGGUAUUCAAGCCGGGAAUUUUGUUGGACAAUGCUUUGAGAGUAUCGGCCAAUACUAUUUGUGAAGCUCUCUUUUAUGGUUUUCAUGUUCUUAUUUCUCGGAGUUUGAGCAAGGUUAGUUCUGUCAACAGCGAUUCAGUUUUCCUUCUAGUUCUAGAUUCGAAGUCUGGAUUGGUGAUCAAGUUCAGUGGUGACCUUGGAAAACUUGAUUUAUCGAACUCGAGUAAUCCAUAUUUGUCUGUGGCUGAAUGGAUCAAAACUUACACCGAAAUUUGUAUCACCCCGGUUGAACCGAUAUGGAACCAAUUGGGAAAUCCAAACUGGGGAGAUGUCGGAACUCUGCAGAUACUAUUGGCAACUUUCUAUUCCAUUGCUCAAUGGAACGGUCCACCGCGAAAAUCAGUUGCCUCGUUGAUCUCAGACCAUAGCUUCCGCCUUCAGAAGCGCCGGACAGAAUGCUGCAUAAUCGAGACCGAAAAUGCACUGGUUCCUUAUCAUGAUCAUCAAGGAGGAGAGAUUGUUGCACUUGAUCAAAAUGAUUUAUUUUCCAACAACCAUGCCUCGCGGCUCAAGCUCAAACAUGGUGACAUAUUGGUAUUGGAUGAUCCACAACAAGGCCAGAAAAGUUUCCAAAUUUAUGAAUACCUAGUCGGAGGGAACUAUUAUCUCUAUAGUGCCAUAUGUCUAGAUCAUCCCUCGGCGUUAUUGUCAUUAUACGUCGGUGCACACCCAUCUAGACUAGAGCCUUCUUGGGAGGAUAUGAGUCUUUGGUAUCAAGUUCAACGCCAAACAAAAGUUCUAAACAUUUUGAGGAAUCAAGGAAUCUUAAACAAAUAUUUACCCGAAAUUGUUGCCUCGGGUAGGAUUGUACAUUCGGGUCGUUGCAACAAAGAAAGUCCAGGCGGAAAAUGUGAUCAUCCAUGGUGCGGAACUCCAAUACUAGUAACAUCACCGGUAGGCGAGCCGUUAUCUUCUGUAGUUUCCAACGAAAGAACAUUUUCAGCCGAUGAAGCCAUACGCUUAUGCCGAGACUGUCUUGUUGCGCUACGAAGCGCGGCCAUAGCUAAUGUCCAACACGGCGAUAUUUGUCUGGAAAACAUAAUACGCAUUGUGGAAAAACAAGGAAAUGCUAGAAAUCAUCACCAACAGGCAAUGUACGUCCCGAUAUCUUGGGGCCGAGCCGUGUUGGAAGAUAGAGACAGCCCUGCUAUAAAUUUACAAUUCUCAUCGUCUCAUGCACUUCAGCACGGGAAGCUUUGUCCUUCAUCUGACGCUGAAAGCAUCAUCUACAUCGUCUAUUUUAUUACCGGAGGGACUAUGACCCAACAAGAUUCUAUCGAGUCUGCUUUACAAUGGAGAGAAAACAGUUGGGCGAAACGAACGAUACAACAGCAUCUUGGUCAGGUUUCAGCUCUAUUGAAAGGUUUUGCCGAUUACGUGGAUAGCUUGUGUGGUACUCCAUAUCCGGUUGAUUACGAUAUAUGGUUAAAAAGGUUGAACAAUGCGGUAGAAGGUUCAGCUGAUAAAGGUAAAAUGAUUGAAGAAGUAGCCAUAAUGUUGAGAAUAGAGGAUGCUGCUGAAUCUUCUGGAACUUCUGGUCCUUAAUUUGUUUUUGUAAAUUGCAAUUGGUGAAUUCAUAUGCAUUUUAUUUUUAGGACUUUUUCAGGUUCUUUAGUACUAAUGUUUUGGUGUCUAAUGCGGCAACAGGAAAGUUAUAUUUUGGAGUGUUUACUGGUUUUUGAAAUCAGAUUAUGGAACUUUAUUGACAAAAUUCAUACAUGGUUCAAGUAGCUGUUUCAAGAACUUGGAACCAUCUAUUUUUUUAUGGAUGAUGUGAUGAACUGUAAUGGUUAAUAUAAACUUCAAUACUGAAACUUCUUUACCA